AUGAACAGUAGCCUUGACAAGCCAGUUUCAGUUGUUCUGGGUGCCCAGUGGGGUGAUGAGGGAAAAGGAAAGUUAGUAGACCUUCUUAGUGAAUCUGCUACCGUGGUAUGCAGGUGUCAGGGUGGAAAUAAUGCAGGCCAUACUGUAGUUGCUGAAGGACAAGAAUAUUUCUUUCAUCUUUUGCCUAGUGGCAUUGUAAACUCAAAUGUUUUGGCGAUUGUUGGUAACGGCGUUGUUGUUAACCUACGAGGCCUUUUCCAGGAGAUUGAAGAGGCUAUCAGUAAAGGAUUAUUGGAUGUGACCUCGCGUUUACGGAUAUCUGAUAGAUGCCAUUUAGUAUUUGAUAUUCACCAAGAAGUUGACCGCAUGGAGGAGGAAUUGAGAGGUGCUAAUCUCAUCGGUACAACGAAGAAAGGCAUUGGUCCAGCGUACUCUUCGAAGAUCACGCGCAAUGGUUUGCGUAUGUGUGAUCUGAUGGGUGACUGGAAUCAAUUCACUGUCAAGUAUGAAGAACUCGUUGGUUAUGUUAAGAGACGUUAUCCGAAACUAGAGACGAAUGUCGAAGAGGCAUUAGAGCAACUCAAGACUUAUCGUGAAAAGUUGUCUGGAAUGGUGUGCGAUACUGUGCUAUUGGUUAACAAGCUUGUGGAGAACCAUGAAGCAAACGUUUUGGUAGAGGGCGCACAGUCAUGCAUGCUAGAUAUUGAUUUCGGAACAUAUCCACAUGUUACCUCGUCGAAUUGCAGUAUUGGCGGUGUAUGCACUGGUCUAGGAAUCGCCCCUUCCCGUAUUGGUCGUGUUUAUGGUGUUAUUAAAGCAUACACAACUCGUGUAGGUUCUGGUACUUUUCCUACGGAGUUAUUAGAUGGAGUUGGUGAAUCUAUCCAAAAGAAAGGUCAUGAAUGGGGUGUGACAACUAAACGCAUGCGCCGUAUCGGUUGGUUAGAUACAGUGGUCGUACGAUACGCACAUAUGAUUAACGAUUUUACUGCUUUGGCUUUAACUAAGCUUGAUAUUUUGGAUGAUUUAGAAGAGGUAAAGAUAGGUCGAGCAUAUAUUGAUCCUGAAACGGGACAAGAGUUGAGAGGAUUUCCAUCUGACUCUACAGUUCUUAGUCGUGUAGUUGUAAUCUAUGAAACUCUUCCUGGAUGGAAAACACCUACACAUGGUUGUCGUGUAUAUGAAGAACUACCAACAGCCGCUAAAUUAUUUGUUGAGACAGUUGAGAAAUUACUUAAUAUACCUAUACGUUGGAUUGGAACAGGUGCUUCUCGAGACUCCAUUAUCGUUCGAUCUGUUUAG